AUGUCCGACAUUUUCUCCAUGGACGAGUACGACGUGACGCCCUUGGUGGCCGGCAUGCUGCGGCUCAACUACCGUCUUUUAGACGAACCCGACGACCCAGACCCUUGUGAGCCUUCUCUGUCAACUCCUCCUCCUCAACCCAUCCCUGUUGUGGUCGAAUCUCCCGAGGAUGCUUCCGAUACCGUGCCUGAUUUGCCACAGCACGGCGUUCCCAUGAAGGUUCGGCGCAGAAGCAGCGUUUCUUCAGCGUACGAGGUGGAAUUGGGCGAGUCCUAUGUUUCUUCGUCUUUGAAAACGUCCCAUGUUUCCGGGUAUAGACCCAAACUCAGCGACUUUGAGCCGAUUACAGUGCUUGGCCAGGGCUCCUACGGGAAAGUGCUUUUGGUCAGGGAACUGGCCACAGGUAAGCUUUUUGCUCAGAAACAGUUGCACAAGGCUUCUCUCAUUAUCAACGACGACGAGGUGCACCAGACAAACUACCAGCGGACGCUCAACGAGAAGUCCAUUUUGGAAAAGGUGGCCCACCCUAACAUUGUCAAAUUGUACUAUGCUUUUCAGGACCACAACAAGGUCUACUUGAUCCUAGAGUAUUUAGACGGCGGCGAGCUUUUCCACCAUUUGGCUCAGCAGAAGUUCAUGAGUGAGAAGGACGCCUCCUACUACAUCGGCCAGAUCGCCUUGGCCUUGCGUUACUUGCACAAUUCCCUCAAGGUCAUCUACCGUGACUUGAAGCCCGAGAAUUGCAUGCUCAACGCAGACGGAAACUUGGUACUUACCGAUUUCGGUCUCUCAAAAGUGUCUUCCAGAGACGAGACGCGCCACUCCAUGAUUGGAACAGCCCAGUACAUGGCACCAGAGGUCAUAUUGGGCAAGGAAUACGAUUUUUCCGUGGAUUGGUGGUCUUUAGGCUGUGUCGCCUUCGACAUGCUUACAGGCUCGCCUCCAUUCACUGGUCACACAAACGAGAAGAUCAUGGACAAGGUGGUGCAUUCGAAGAAGUACUUAAAGUUUCCAUUUUACCUCUCCAGUGAUGCCAAAGACCUUCUCAGGAAGCUCUUACAGCCCGACCCGGCAAAACGUCUUGACGUGGAUGCCGAAUUCGAAAAGUUCAAAGGUCACAGGUUCUUCAGGCAUUUGGACUGGCGUGACAUCGAGAAGCCCCAGGAACAGGAAACUCCAAUACUCCCACCAAUCAUGCCCAUCAUCACUGACCCCAUUUUGGCAGAAAACUUCGACGAGGAGUUCACAGGUAUGUCCUUCACUCCACAAGACGCCAAGGGCCAAUUUCUCACAGGCAAAAGUCCUUGUGACAUUUUGCACGUCAACGGCUUCACGUACACGAACGAGAGCUACUUGAUGACAGCAUUGAGAGAAAGGGCAAAUUGA